AUAGGUUAGUAACGAAGAAUUCUACUAGUUCAGGAUUAUUAGUACUUAUAUAGAUCCUUAUGUUUCUGUACCCUAAUUAAUAUUAUACUGAGCUAUUCAUAAAGUUUCAGUUGAUCAGAUUUUAGUUUGUGGAAUAGGGUCGUGGUUUAUAGAUGUAUUAUAUAGAGAAGGAGAAUAUUAGAAGGAGAACGUAAAAGAAGAGUAAGAGGAUGGCUUUAUCGAGCGGCGGCUGCGCUGCAGUUAUUCUCCACACUGCCGCCUAUCGGCUAGUUGUCAUUUUCGACAGUUAAGAAUAUAAGUCUCUUUUUUCUCUUUUUUAAUUAUAUUUUUUUCUUAUUAUUAUUACAUAUUUGUAUACCAAUAAAUAUUUGUCUAUAAUCUAGUUAUUCCGUAUUAUUAAGUGUAACUUUGAACGGUAAAAUUUUUGCAAUCUAUCAAGCGCUCAAAUUAUUUACAGAAACAUUUACAGAAACAAACUUAUGUAAUUACACUUUUUGGUAUUUAAUCAUUAAUCAUUAAUAUGGCACUAUUUUAUUUUUAUUAAAUUUAUAAAAGUACAUUAAUGUUAUUUAUCACUGUAAGUUAGCAUUGAUCUCUUAACGUUCUUAUCAAAAUAAUGAAAUAUUUACUAAGAAAUUAGCAGAUGAUCAUUCCAGAUUUCCAAAAUGAUUUUUUUCUAUUAUAUUUUUAUACCUUAUAUCUUAUAUCUUGUCGUCCUCUUACCGUGAUAGACCUUCCGUUAUUCAACGGGUUCUACUACUCCGUGCACACACCUUACUUUUCCCCUCUAUAGCAUCUUUAUCCCCACCUUUUUUCGUUCUCCCUCUCAGUGGCGAGUGCCCCUAGAUUCUGGUAACGCUUCUCACAACUGAGACAACAGAACAGUUUUCGUAUGGCGCACCUUCUUGCCAAUUGAAUCGGAUAUUAAAUAAUACGAAUAGCGAACUUGUGCGUACACAAUUCAUAUAUUUAUUUAUUAGAUUGUUGUUUCAAUGAUUCUGUGUGUGCGUAAACAGCUGUGUUAAUCAAAGGUGCCUUUAUGUGAAAGUGUCGACAGAAUAUUACAAAAAGAAAUAUGUUGGCGCGAAUAUACCGCAUUAUGAAUAUCAUUUUUGGCAACUUCGAAGAUUUCAAUUAAACGAUAUAAUCAAGUCAAUCAGAAUUCGUAACACAGUUUUGAGAAUCUAUCUUCAACGAUGAUGCUGAAGGAGGCAUGCGACGGCAGCCACAAAGGAAAUUGUUGUCCAACAAUAAGAUCAUCGAGGAUCGAGUUCGAGAGACGAAAGAUAAGAAAAGAUCGUCGAAUCGUCCCAAGUAUAUCGACCGAUUAAACUGAUAAUUUCUUUCUUAUUGUGAAUUCUCUGUGCCUCGAAAGAAUUUCGUACGCAAUAACAUAAAUUUGCACCAUGGGGAAUGGCAUGAACAAGGUAAGAAGCUUUGGCAUGAAUAAGGUUCUUCCCGGUCUUUAUAUUGGGAAUUAUCAUGAUAGUAAAGACGCAGACCAAUUGGAACGAUUCGAAAUAACACAUAUUUUGGCGAUUCAUGACACGGCUCGCCGAUUACAUUCUGACAAACAUUAUUUAUGCAUAUUGGCGGCAGAUAGUCCCGAUCAGAAUCUAUCUCAAUAUUUCUCCUUGUGUAACGAUUUUAUCCACGCUGCCCGCCUACGUGGUGGAAAUGUUCUAAUACAUUGCUUAGCCGGUAUGUCAAGAAGUGUCACAGUAGCAGUGGCCUAUAUUAUGAGUACUACCAAUCUUUCAUGGAAAGAGGCACUUAAAGUUGUCAGAGUAGGUCGUUCCAUUGCCAAUCCAAACGUCGGUUUUCAGCAACAGCUGAAAGAUUUCGAAUCCAGUCGAUUACAUGAGGAACGACGUAGGUUGAAGGAACGAUUCCCUAGCUUAGCGCUUGCGGAAUCCGAUGCAGAAGUAUGUCGCACUACUUUAAGAAAUUACGAAACCAUGGCAUUGGCACGAGAAGUGUGUGAGGGAAAAUGUGCCAUGGGCCGUCCUUGUCCAACUGGAUUAUGUAGGCAACCUUCCAAAAGGAGUCCAAGAAGAAAACCAUCCACGGGUAGUACCAGCAGUUUGAACACUGGAAGAACUCCGCCGCAAACGCCAAGAAUGCUACCAUCUGCACCACCUUCACCUGCUAUGCAUAGAUCAGCUAGUGUUCUCUCAUCAAGACCAAGAAGUGGUCCUGCUGGUUUGCAUUAUUAUACUGGCGGAUCUGCGCCUCCUUCCAGAGCGAUAUCGAGAGUCGAUUUAUCCGCUGCAGUGGCUUGCAGUAGUAGUAGCACAAGUCUAACAUCGGUAGGUAGAUCAGGCAUGUCCACUAGUAAUUGGAGAUUGGCGGCUGGAUCUGCGCCGAAUACUCCGAGGCCAACGCCACCGGUUUCUCCGCAACGUUGGCCAAGGCGAGCCUCUACUAGACAAACACCUCCUUUGCCAAUUUCGCCAGAAAAUCCUUCAACAACGACGUAGCACUUGCAGAACGUUGUUUCGUUUUCGACUUUGCCCGAAUAAUCUCGACGUCAAUUUACUAAGCGAUAUUAUUAUUAUUUAUGAUUAUUACUAAUGUCUGAUAUAUAUGUGCUAGCGUAUUAGCACAUAUACAUUCUAGUUUAUUAGCUGAUAUUUCAUUAUGAUUGAUAUUUCAUUAUAUUGAUAUUUCAUUCAUGAUGAUCUUACGUAAUAAAAAGAAAAACGUCGAGAGUAAUGUUGAGAAUAAGUUAAAAAAUUUUCGAUAACGAAACAAAUUAUUAAGUUUUACCGAAAUGAUGUUCGAUCGUGCAAGUUCUUCUAAAACAGUCUUUCACAGCGAAGCGCUUUCAAUGAGCUGCACCACCAUAAAAAUACAAUACAAAUACUUUGAAUAAAAUAGAAAUAUAUCAAAUUAUAAAUAUGAAACGUAUGAAAUCAAAUAUAUGAAGUCAUUUCUACGUAUAAGUUGAUCGAUAACGAAGAGGCUCUAACGAGGAGCCUUAUAAAUAAUUUAUAAUCGAAAGUUCGAGAAUGCUUGUUCAUUGAUUGUAUAAAAGAUUAGCAAGAAAAAGCUAUAUCAGUUAAUAUAGCAAAAUGUUCGUAAACUCAUAUGAAAAAUUAAAUGUUAACCGCAAAACCGCACAAGAUAUUUUUUUUUCGCUUAAAGCGAACAUAUAAAAUCGAAAUCCGAUAUGAAAAAUAGUAGCAUUUAUUUUAAAAUGCGUUUAUUCAUACGAAAAAUCUUAUAUUGUAUAUUUUAACAUUGUGAUAAAUUUCAAGCAAUGCGAUAAUGAUUUCAAAUGCGCGUGAUAGCAAUCAUCGACAAUCUUAUAAUUCUAGAACUCUUAUUAAUUAACAUUUUUUUAAAACGUAUAAAAAAGUUACUGAAAGUUACUGUUUAUGACGAAUGACGGAAUUAUAAUAAAGUUAUAAAGAGUAUUGAAUCUAUCGAAAUAAUCGAAUUCCUCGUUUAAAACUUGUAAAAGAAAAAGUUUACUUGUAGAAAUAUUUCAAUUACUUUUUAAACAAUAUCGGUAUUAUCCAAAAAAAAAUGUAGAAUUCGCUAUUAGAAAUACAGAAAAUCGUUGCGUACAAGAGAAAUGCAUUUAAUUCUUGCAUUUUUUACGCGAAUAAUCUUAUCUAUCAAUAAAUUCAUGUUGUCGAUUGUUACAUUUAGCAUCUAUAUUUCUUUUAAUUUAUUUAGCUAUCAAUUAACAAUACUAGCGUAUUUUGGUAAUGCAUUUUUCAAAUUAAACGCGAUAAACCGCUUUGAAUCAUUAAAUAUCAUUCCCCUCCAUCGUUCGUCAGAGCUUGAUUGCAAUGUUUGAUGUUUACAUUCAGAAUUUUAGGAUAUCUCAUCUGAGAUGCAAUUCACGAAAAAAUUAUAAGCGGUCGCGUUUUGAAAAAAAAAAAAAAAAGAA